AUGUACGACACUUUUCAAGCUUUCAGACCUCAUUUCAAUACUUUAGCCAGAGUUGGAUAUUUUAAAAUAGUUUCUGGUACACCAAAUAAAUUUCAUAAUUAUUAUAGAUGUUUUGUUUGGUUUUGCGUACUUACAUACAACUUGCAGCAUAUUAUACGUGCUGUACAGGCCAGAAACUGCACUAAGCAACUCGUCGGAACUCUGUAUCUCUUGCUGACAACUUUGAAUACGCUUGGGAAGCAAUUAUCCUUUAAUUUAAGAAUACAACGGGUUGAAAAUGUCAUCGAUGUUAUUAAUAAUGAGCUUUUUAAACCAAGAAACGCUUGCCAUGAAAAUAUGAUGCGAGCUAAUGCCUUAUCAAUGUCUCGCCUUUUAAACUUUUACCACAUCGCUGUUUUUAUUUGCACCUUGUUGUUUAUAGGCUACCCACUUAUAGACAAUGCUUUAGGUAAUGAAGUCUACCUUACAGGAUAUUUUCCUUUCGAUACGAGCCAUUCCCCAACGUUUGAGAUAGCUGUAAUCUACUUGGGUGUUGUCAUAUCAUUACAAGCAUACGGUCAUGUUACAAUGGACUGUACAAUAGCUGCCUUUUAUGCAUACGCUCAAACGCAGUUAAAAAUAUUAAGAUACAACUUAGAGCACCUUGUCGAUGAAUAUCAGGUCCAAGGAGCUAAUUUUAUAUAUUUUGUUGACAAUGAUACUGAAUUGAGACGAAUGUUGAGAAACAAAAUUGUCUCCUGUAUAAAGCAUUACGAACAAAUUGUCUGGUUUGUCAAAGAAAUUGAAUCUAUAUUCAAUGAAGCAAUGAUUGUACAAUUCUUUAUAGUGGCUUGGGUUAUUUGCAUGACUCUUUACAAGAUUGUCGAACUUCCUUUACUAUCAGUAGAAUUCAUUUCAAUGGCUGUAUACUUAGGAUGUAUGUUGUCGCAACUUUUCAUUUACUGUUUUUAUGGGACACAUCUUACGGUAGAGAGUGAUUUAAUAAAUGAGUCAGUCUAUCAGUCGGACUGGUUAUCAUUGUCACCCUGUUUUCGUCGCCGACUGCUUGUGCUGAUGGAGCGAUUUAAGCGCAAGAUAGAGCCUCGCACAGCUCGUGUGAUUCCAUUAUCUGUGGACGUCUACAUUUCUGUCUUGAGGUCAUCUUAUGCACUCUUUACUAUUCUAAAUAGAAAAUAGUAUUGUAUUUUAUCAAGAAGUGUACCUAACAAUGUAUGUUUUACCUAUAUAAAAUCAAUUCUAUCAAAUACAUAAGAUAAAGUGGAGUGUAUAAUCGCUAAAACUAAGAAUAGACUAUAUCCAUUCCUGUUCUUGUUUACACCGAAUAUUAAUGAAACAUAUGUUUUUCAUAGUUUUUCGAUCGCCAAAACAUUGUAUUGUCAGAAUUCUAUCAGAAUAAAGAAAGCUUUCUAUAAAUA